GAACCUGCAGCGCUCCGCGCACACACACGCACGCACACACACACACCACGCACACCCGGGCACUGCUCCGCCAUACAGCUCUGCGAGGAGGAGGAGGAGAGGAGAGGAGAGGGAGGAAGCAGCCAGCCCCACAGUCUUUCCAGAGCUGCCUUUUUAAGAUAUACAUAUCUAUUUUGUUAUUUAUUUAUUACCGUUCUCUGGCACUGUGGGCGCCUUUCAUUUGCUCCUGAGCUUGGAUGUUUGAAUCAAAGCAAAGCAAGUGUUGCAACAGUUAAAAAAAAAAAAAAAAAAAAAAAAAAGCCAACCAAAAAGAGAGAGAGAGAGAGAGAAAGAAACCUAGAUCUCUAAAAUAAAAUAAAAACCAAACAGGUUCCUAUCAGUGAAGUGGAAAGGAAGGGGGCAGGGGAGGCUCGAGGGGGGUGUUGGGGAAAGCAGCUGAGAGGCAGAGGCAGAGAAACACGACUCAGGAGCGUCUCAGGGCUCUCGGAUCUGGGGACAGAAGUGAGAUUGGAGAAAGUAGAGCGAUGCCAAGGAGGAAACAGCAAGCACCCAAACGGGCUGCAGGUUAUGUCCAAGAGGAAGAUUUAAAGGAAGAGGAAGAUAUAAAGGAGGAGGAAGAAGAUGACGAUGACAACAACUCACCGGCUCAACUCCAGGGCAGCAAUGACACUGGCACAGAUGAGGAACACGAAGUGGGUCCUGAGCAGAAAGGGAACUUUAGUUACCAGAAUUCCCCUGUCAGUCAUAUAUCUAACCAGGAUGCAGAAAAUGAAUCACUAUUAAGUGAUGGUAGUGACCAUGUGGCAGAUAUUAAAAGCAUUUGCUCUAGAGAGCCACAGGACCCAAAAACCAGCGCCCAUUCCAAAGGCCAGAACGAAGCACACGAUUGCAUGGAUAAAAUGACAGCUGUCUAUGCCAACAUCCUGUCAGACUCUUAUUGGACAGGCUUGGGGUUGGGUUUCAAGUUGUCUAACUCCGAAAAGAGGAGUUGUGACAACAGAAACGGAGGGAACAAAGCUGAUUUUGAUUGGCACCAAGACGCGCUGUCAAAAAGCUUACAGCAGAAUUUACCUUCCAGACCUGUCUCAAAACCCAACCUGUUCAGCUCGGUCCAGCUCUACAGGCAGAGCAGCAAAAUGUGUGGAACUGUGUUCACGGGCGCCAGCCGGUUCCGGUGCCGGCAGUGCAGCGCGGCCUACGACACACUAGUGGAACUAACGGUCCAUAUGAACGAGAUGGGUCACUACCAAGAUGACAACCAUAAAAAGGACAAGCACAGACCUACCAGCUACUCGAAGCCCCGAAAAAGGGCUUUCCAGGACAUGGACAAAGAAGAUGCACAAAAAGUUCUGAAAUGUAUGUUCUGUGGUGACUCUUUUGAUUCCCUUCAAGAUCUGAGUGUUCAUAUGAUAAAAACAAAACAUUACCAAAAAGUGCCUUUGAAGGAGCCGGUACCAACCAUUUCUUCAAAAAUGGUCACUCCAGCAAAGAAACGUGUGUUUGAUGUUAACAGGCCUUGUUCCCCCGAUUCCACGACGGGGUCUUUCUCAGAUACUUUUUCUCCUCAAAAGAAUGCUCACCUGCAGUUAUCUUCUAACAACCGCUAUGGCUACCAGAAUGGCGCCAGUUACACGUGGCAGUUUGAGGCCUGCAAAUCCCAGAUUUUGAAGUGUAUGGAAUGUGGAAGUUCCCAUGAUACCUUGCAGCAGCUCACGACCCACAUGAUGGUCACUGGCCACUUCUUGAAAGUGACAAGUUCUGCUUCAAAGAAAGGAAAGCAACUUGUUCUGGAUCCUUUAGCUGUGGAAAAAAUGCAAUCACUGUCUGAAGCACCAGCCAGUGACAACCCAGUUUCAAAAUCAAACAGUAAAUCAUCUGCAGAAUGCAUAGCUCCCACCUCUGAACUAAAAAAAGACAGUAAAAAAGAUAAAGCUGAUGAUGCAAUCAAAGAUGAGAAAGCAGUAAAAACUGAAGAGUAUGAAGACACUCUUCAGAAACCACUGGAUCCCACAAUGAAAUACCAGUACCUCAGAGAAGAAGAUUUAGAAGAUGGUUCAAAGGGUGGUGGGGACAUUUUAAAGUCCUUGGAGAACACUGUCACCACAGCCAUCAAUAAAGCUCAAAAUGGAGCACCCAGCUGGAGUGCAUAUCCCAGCAUCCAUGCAGCUUAUCAGCUCUCAGAAGGAGCUAAACCAUCUUUGCCUGUGGGUUCCCAAGUACUGCAAAUCAGGCCAACGAUCACCAAUAAACUGAGACCGAUAGCUCCAAAGUGGAAGGUCAUGCCUCUGGUCCCUGUCUCAGCAAAUGUGGCCCAAUGCACUCAAGUGAAGAAGGAAACUGAUGACAAGGAGGAGGUACAAAAGGAGUAUGCUAAAGAGGGCAUCCAAGUUGAGCCUGCUUCACUCAGCCAGAGUAAGAGAGAACCUCUGCUCAAAUCUGAAGCCUCUGUGGAGCCAAAAAAGACAGAGCCUUGUCCCUUGAAAGAAGAAGACAAAAUUAAAGAGGACAGUGGAAAAGAAAAAACAGUCUUCAAGGAACAAACAGCAGCUUCUCUUAGUAAUGGUUGUGCUGCUGCCAACCAUUCAUCUGAACUGCCUUGUGUCAACCCUCUCAGUGCACUGCAGUCGGUACUGAAUAAUCACUUGGGCAAAGCCACUGAGCCUUUACGGCCUCAAUCCAACUCCAGCCCCAGCUCUAGCACAAUUUCUGUGUUCCACAAACCUAAUUUAAACAUGAUGGAGAAGCCAGUUUUAUCUCCUGCUCCAACCCCACCAAAGCCUGCAACUGCAUCCAGGCACUAUUUGUUUGAAAACAAUGAUCAGCCUAUUGACCUGACCAAAUCCAAAGGUAAGAAAGCUGAGUCAGCUCAAGCACAAUCUUGUACUUCUCCACCUCAAAAACAUGCUCUGUCUGACAUCGCUGACAUGGUCAAAGUUCUUCCCAAAGCUACUACACCAAAACCUGCUGCAUCUUCAAGGAUCCCAUCUAUGAAAUUGGAAAUAGAUGUCCGACGCUUUGAAGAUGUCUCAACGGAAGUCUCUACUCUGCAUAAAAGGAAGGGCAGACAGUCAAAUUGGAACCCUCAGCAUCUUCUCAUUUUGCAAGCUCAGUUUGCUUCCAGCCUCUUCCAAACAUCUGAAGGUAAAUAUUUAUUAUCAGAUCUAGGCCCACAGGAACGCAUGCAGAUUUCAAAAUUUACUGGACUGUCAAUGACCACCAUCAGCCAUUGGCUGGCAAAUGUCAAGUAUCAACUUAGGAAAACUGGAGGAACAAAGUUUUUGAAAAACAUGGACAAAGGACAUCCAGUCUUUUAUUGCAGCGACUGUGCAUCUCAGUUUCGAACCCCAUCUACUUACAUUACCCACUUAGAAUCUCAUCUAGGUUUCCAAAUGAAAGACAUGAACAGGCUGGCUGUGGAGCAGCAAACCAAGGUAGAGCAAGAAAUCUCCAGAGUUUCAGUUCAAAGAUCUCCUGAAACAAUAGCUGGAGAAGAGGAGACAGACUCUAAGUUCAAAUGUAAGUUGUGCUGUCGGACAUUUGCAAGCAAACAUGCAGUAAAACUUCAUCUAAGCAAAACACACAGCAAGUCACCAGAGCACCAUUCACAAUUUGUAGCAGAAGUGGAUGAAGAAUAACUCUUAAGGUAUGCAUGCUCUAUAGCAAGUUUUAAUUUCAUUAUUUUAAGGAGGCUUCGUAAGACAUUCGUAUUUUCUUAAAUGUAGGAAAACAGUAUAAAAUCCAUAAAGUACUCCUGCUUCAUCAAUCUCAUUGCAUGUACAUCUGCAUUUGAUGUUUUCAAGAAGAGAGCUUAGUAAACACAUAACCACAUUGCCCUAUAUAGAAAAGUUGCUUCUUAUAAAUAUUUUCAAAAUAGCUCUUUUCCCAGUUCUCACUCUUUUUUGUAUCCAAGAAUUAAUCACUUCACAUCCUUUGCACUUCAAUGUGGAAUGUAACAACUAAAUGCUACUCUUUGUGAAUGGAAAAAGCAUAAAACCAGCACUGAAACCCGAAAGAUUAUUGCCCCUUUCAGUGCUAACACACCAGUACAUAUGACUUUGUUGGGAGAAAAGACAAUUCAAAUGUCAAAUUAGCAAAAAUCUUAAUUAUUUGAAGUUUCUUGUGAUCUCAAACCCAGCCUCAAGCAUCUACAAAUAACUCUGAAAACUUUAUGUCUAGCAGUUAGCUUACUCUUAUGUUGAUAUUUGGAUACUCAGUUUUGUAAAGCAUUUUAAUAUUUUACACUUACUGAAACAGUUACUGUGUGAGUGGCCUUUUGUGUCACAUCAUUUUAACCUAUCUUUCCAUCAUCCUUCCUUAAUCUUUAAGAUGUCUGAUUAUCUUUCAUGUUGGUGGGAGUGCUAGUCAAUCUGUAAACAUCACUGACUUCAGCACAAGUUCUUUUUAUAACCUGGGGGGAAGGGGCUAAUGCUUAAUUGAGAAAGCAGCUAGAUUUUUUAUGAGCUUAAUAUUUCAAAGACCUGUUAGUAGGAUACUUCUGCAUUAGUAUUGCUGUUUUGUGCUGAAAGAUACACUGACUGGAGCACUGCCACAACCAAUGUUUAUAACAUGUACUGUAAUGUUCAGAUGACACACAAUUUUUGCAUUUUUAAUUUCACUUGGUUCACCAACUUGAAUAUUCUUGUCUGAAAUAAAUAUGCAGAACAUCAACCAAAAGUCCAAAUAGAAGUUUUUUGUUCUAACGAGGUGUUUUUUUUCUAGGAAGGUUCUG